AUGGAGACAGUUGGUGAAAGCACGAUUCCUUCACUUAGGGAUGAAUCAGACGACGAAGAAGAGAUGGAGAGACAUGCUUUCCGGGUUGAAGAAGAUGUAGCUGCAUUCAUCAACGAACCUCCCAUCCGGCAUAACAUCUAUCCCGAUACCGAGACUGAUAGUGAUACAGAUGAGGAGAAAGAUGGUGAAGAGCAACAAAUGAAACGACAGAGGACAAGAGAGCGUUAUCGAAUCAGAAGAGGUGACGGGAAUCUCUUCGAGGGCCAAGUAUUCUUCAAUGGAGUUGCAUUCAAAGAGGCGGUAUUGGACUACGCUCUGAAGACUGGUCACAAUAUCAAGCAGUAUAGGUACGACAAAACCAAACUUGGUUUUAGUUGUGUUGGUCGGAAUGUAGAUUCACACUGUCAGUGGCGUGUUUAUUGCUCGAGUAAAGGAGAACCAGAGAGAUGGUAUGUUAAAGUGUACAAGAAUGAACACAGUUGUGUUCCAAAUGGAGAAUGUGAGAUGCUUAAGGUCCCGGUGAUAGCUAGGUUAUUUGUUGAUAAGAUAAGAGAAGAACCAAAAUAUUUCAUGCCAAUGAAGAUAGAAGAACUGAUCAAGGAGAGGUGGAAGAUCACGGUUUCUAGAGCACAAUGUCAAGCUGCCCGAAAUAAAGCAAUGGGGUGGAUUGAGAAGGAGUAUGAUACUCAGUUUGCUCGAAUCCGAGACUAUGCUGCCGAGAUUCUCGAGUCAAAUAUCAACUCUUCGGUGGAAGUCGAGACCAAGAGAAAUGAGGAAGGAAAAGAUGUGUUCGACCGUUUCUAUGUGUGUUUCGAUGUGCUUAGGAGAUCAUGGAAAGCUAUGUGUAGACCUCUUAUUGGGAUGGAUGGCACAUUCUUAAGAGGGAAAACUAAAGGACAAUUGUUAGUGGCUCUUGGUCGAGAUGGGGAUAAUUCAAUCUACCCCAUUGCUUGGGCAGUUGUUCAAGUAGAAAAUACUCCAAAUUGGAUAUGGUUUGUGAAGCAUAUCAAGACAGACUUGGGUUUAGGAGAUGGUGAUGGAUAUAUUAUGGUCUCCGAUCGUCAGAAGGGACUGAUCAAGGCAGUUCAGUUGGAGCUUCCGAAGAUGGAGCAUAGAAUGUGUGUUAGACACAUUUAUGGAAACGUGAAAGCUAAACAUGGAAAGAAGAGUGACAUGAAGCCAUAUAUUUGGCAACUUGCUUGGAGCUACAAUGAGGCGGAGUACAAGGAGAAUCUAGAUAGGCUUUUCAACUACGACUCAGAGGUGUAUGCAGAUGUGAUGAAGACUAAUCCAAUGACUUGGGUUAGAGCUUUCUUCAAGUUGGGGAACUAUUGUGAGGACGUUGAGAACAACUCAACCGAAUCUUUCAACGCCUCCAUCGUUUGUGCCCGUGAAAAGCCAAUGGUACCAAUGUUGGAUACCAUUGCACGUCUUGCAAUGGUGCGUAUCGCUUCUAGAUAUCUGAUUGCUCAAGACCACAAGAGCAUAUGCACACCUUAUGUGGUUGAUAUACUUGCUUUGGAGCACAAAAAAGCAUCAGAGUGUACUAUUUAUAGAAGCACAAAUGGUAUGUGGUUGGUGAAUGUUGACUCAUGUUCUUACCGUGUCAAUUUGGAGAAUCGAACAUGCACGUGUAUGAGGUGGGAUAUCACUGGGAUCCCUUGUGAACAUGGAUACGGUGUCAUCUUGGAUAGAAAACUAGAGGCUGAGGAUUUUGUGUGUCACUGGUUUCGGACGACAGUGUGGAGGAGGACAUACGAAGAGGGCAUAACACCAUUGAGAGGAGCACGAUUUUGGCCGACUUCUUCAGCCCCUGAAGUGCAUCCAGCUCCUGAGCCACACCAGCCUGGUCGCAAAAAGAAGAAAGACAACAAAAGGAAAAAGGGCAAAAAUGAGUCUCCUGUGAAGAAGAAACCGAAGGCGUUGAAGCGCAUUAUGCAUUGUGGACUUUGUGGUGCGCCUAACCACAAUAUUCGUUUUCAUAAGGAGGGACCCCAUAAGAAGGUUCCACAAGCUGAACCAUCUCAAACUUUUGCCAGUCAAGGUGAAUCCCCUGAUGUUAUUUAUCGGUAA